AUGCAAUUAGGAAUACCUUGCAUUUGUAAAUUUUCUUUAUUUACAUCAAAAAAUGAUAAAGGUUCGAAUUCCUUGAAAACUCAAACUACAAAAAGUAAAGAAUAUGGAAAGACUUUAUUAUUACCAAAAACAAUGUUUCCACUCAGGGCUGAUGCUGUGAACAGAGAACAUUUGUUUCGUGAUAGAUGUACAAAGGAUCUAUAUUCUUGGCAGUUAAAGAAUAAUUCAAAUCGUUUAUUUAUCUUACAUGAUGGUCCUCCUUAUGCCAAUGGAAAUUUACACAUAGGUCAUGCCUUAAAUAAAAUUUUGAAAGAUAUAAUAAAUCGAUAUAAAAUAUUAAAGGGUCAUAAAGUUGUUUUUAUUCCGGGAUGGGAUUGUCAUGGAUUACCAAUAGAAUUAAAAGCUUUAUCAGAAUUGCAGAAUGUAGAUAAAUCAUCCUUAACUCCUAUGCAAAUACGUUCCACCGCAAGAAAAUGUGCAUUGAGUACAAUAGAAACUCAAAAAUCUGAAUUUAUGAGUUGGGCAAUUAUGGGAGAUUGGGAUAAUCCUUAUAAGACACUUGACAAGGAAUAUGAAGUUAGACAAUUAAAACUUUUUCAUGAAAUGGUGAAAAAAGACAAAAUAAGCCCGUUUAUUGGUCUCCAUCUUCAAGCUGAAGCUGAAUUAGAGUACCGGAAUGAUCAUAAAAGUCGGUCGGUUUAUGUGAAAUUUCCUUUGGUGAAAUCAUCACUAAAUUUGCUAAAUUUGACUGAUACUGAUGUUUAUAUUAUGAUAUGGACGACGACUCCAUGGACACUUCCAGCAAAUCGGGCGGUUGCAAUUAAUUCACAAACAGAGUACUCGAUAGUUAGUCCUAUUUUUGAUACUGAAUUUUUACAUUGUAAAGAUUAUUAUAUCGUAGCAAAUAAGAGGAUAGAUUCAUUGCAAAAGAUAAUUGGAUCAGAGCUGAGUAUUAAAGCUAAUUUUGAAGGGCAUACCUUAAUCGGUACAAGUUAUGAACAUCCAGUUACAAAAGUUCCAUAUAAAAUAGUAGAUGCUGAUCAUGUAACAACUGACUCUGGAACUGGUCUAGUCCAUAUAGCACCAGGACAUGGAAUUGAGGAUUAUGAGACAUGUAAAAAAUCAAAUAUUUCAACAUUUUGCCCCGUUGAUGACCUUGGAAGAUUUACCACAGAAGUUGGCGAUCCUUCUUUUGAAGGAAAAGAUGUACUGAAAGAAGGAACUGAUGUUAUAAUCAAUUAUUUAAAAGAAAACCAGUUGUUAGUGAAAGAACAUAAAAUUGUUCAUAAGUAUCCUUAUGAUUGGAGAACAAAAAAGCCCAUAAUUUUGAGAGCUACUCCACAAUGGUUCAUUAAUGUUGAAGCAUUCAAACAAAAAGCCUUUUCAUCACUUGCAGAUAUCAGGAUUUUACCAGACAGUGCUCGAAAUCGCUUAGAAAUAUAUACAUUAUCACGUAGUGAAUGGUGCAUAUCGCGCCAACGUUCUUGGGGUGUUCCAAUACCCGUUUUAUAUAACGUUGAAACAAAUCUACCGUUAUUAACAGAGUCUUCUAUAGUUCAUAUUAUUGAGAUUGUGAAACAGUUUGGAUCUGAUGCAUGGUGGGAAAUUGAUGAAAAAGAGUUAGUAGCACCAGAGUAUAGAGACAAUGGUGUAAAAUAUCGACGAGGUAUGGAUACAAUGGAUGUGUGGUUUGAUAGUGGCGUAUCAUGGAAUUCCAAUGCUAUUGCAGAUUUAUAUCUUGAAGGAACUGACCAGCAUCGCGGAUGGUUUACAUCGUCUUUAUUAACUUCUAUCGCUGUUAAUGACACUGCGCCAUUUUCUACUGUUAUUACACAUGGAUUUGUUCUUGACGAACAAGGACGUAAAAUGUCUAAAUCUUUGGGAAACGUAGUUGAUCCUAAGACAAUAACAAAUGGUGGAAAGAAUCAAGAAAAAGAGCCAGCCUAUGGCGUGGAUAUAUUGAGACUUUGGGUUGCAUCCUCAGAUUAUACUAAAGAUGUUAGCAUUGGAAAAACUGUUAUGAGCCAAGUAGGCGAAAAUUUGAGAAAAUAUCGUAACACGGCUAGAUUUAUGCUGGGCAAUUUAAAUGGGUUCAAUCAUGAACAAUUGGUAGUAUAUGAUGAUUUGAAAUCAAUUGAUAAAUACAUGUUACAUGAAACUUAUCAAUUUGGAAAAGUUGUCGAAUCAAAUUACGAUGAUUUCUUAUUUAAUAAGGCACCAAUGAUCCCACAUCUGGCAGAAGAAAUAUACGAGAAUUAUAAGAGUAUUGAUCGUGAACAAUUUAACAGUAUAUUUAAAUUAGGAUGGUAUAAUAUGAAUAAGAAUUGGGAUAACCAAGCGAUUCAAAAAGAGUGGAGUAUUUUGAAAUCAUUGAGAAAUGAAGUGAAUCAGCUAUUAGAGUUGGCUAGGAAGGAUAAAGUAAUUAAAAGUUCAUUAGAAGCUAAUGUAGAGUUGUAUGUGACUUCUGACUUAUACGAAUUGCUAUUAAAUCACGAUUCUGCUUUUAAACAACAACGCCUGAGUGCAUUCCAGCCAAUUAUAACACCAAAAACAGUAUUUCCACUAUUUAUCGUAAUUGCUACAAUAUUUGCCCCAUUGGGUGGAAUUUUAUAUUAUUUUAAUGAUAAAGCUUCGGAAUUGUCUAUAGAUUAUACACGUUGCGAAACGGACGCACCACUUGACUUUGGUUUAAUACCUUCAAAAUAUGUAACCGAUUCUAUGAUUAAAUCCAAAUCCUCACCAAAAGACAAACAACUUCCUAGAUGGAAAAUAUCGAACAUUACCAUUCUUCCAAAUAAUAUAUCGAUUCCUCAAUGUUCCAUUCGGUUUUAUAUUUAUAAAGAAAUGAUACCACCUGUAUAUUUAUAUUAUCGUCUUACCAAUUUCUAUCAAAAUGAGAGAAAUUACGCUAGAAGUUUGGAUACAGAUCAACUUAAAGGAAAGGCCCUAGAUAGAGAGAAAAUUAAACAUGGUGGUUGCAAGAACCUUGGAAUUAUUCAUGAUACUAUAGUAUAUCCCUGUGGACUACUUGCAAAUUCCAUGUUUAAUGAUACCAUAGGAAAUCUUACUUUGAUAAAUGAAGAAUUAUUACAAGAUACAAAUGUAACAUAUAAUUUUUCUUAUUCCGGCAUUGCACCACCUGCGGAUGUAGCAAAAUAUAAACCUACUACAUAUAAUAUUACUGAAAUUCGACCACCUUCAAAUUGGGAAGCAAGAUACCCAAACGGUACAUAUACAACCGAUUAUCCUCCAAUAGAUCCGUCAACAAAUGAACAUUUUCAAGUUUGGAUGCAUACAGCUGGACUUCCAAUUUUUAGAAAACCAUAUGGAUUGAAUGAACAUACACCAUUACAAGUUGGAUAUUAUCAAAUAGAUAUUAGUACAGUUUUUCCUGUCAAAGGUUAUGGUGGCACCAAAUCUUUAGUGAUUUCAACAACUUCUGUAGUCGGUGGUAGGCAUCCGUUCCUGGGAAUGGCUUACAUAGUAAUAGGAGUAUUAUGUGGACUUAUUGGUGUUUUAUUGGCCGUUGAAAGUUUCUUUAAUUCUCGCAAGUGA